AUGACGAGCGAUAUCGGGUGGAUCGACCGCACGUACGAGGGAAUGGAGCUCAUUCUCAGGGCCAGUGAUGGACAAGCGUUGCUGGUAUUUUGGGACGACGCCGACGGCUUUUUCUAUCUGAUACGGUGCGAAUAUAAUUACAGGAGGGGACGAUGCCUCGGAAGUUUUCAAAGAAACGAGGACUCGCUGCGGCGGAUUCGCCAGUUGAUGAGCCUGUCAAAGCAGCUGCUCGAUCGCAACGCGGAAUUGGCCGAAAAUGCGAGCGAGAAGCUGAAAAACGAGUGUCUCAAGUUCAACGCGUACAACAACGGCGCCACGACGAUCGAUUUGAUGACGGAUUGGAUCUGGCGUCCGAAAGGGGAGCGUCGAUCGCCGUGGGGACUCGUUGAUCGGAUCAUCCUCCAUGAUAACGUUAAUCGGGUGGACUUUGCGCUACUGCACGCCUACCGAUUUGCGAGAGCCUUCGAGGAGAGAGGUGGUGUCCUGCCUGACGUCGAUGAAUUCAAGCCUUGUAUACGCAAACAA